AUGCCUCGUGAGAUUGUUACUCUUCAAGUAGGACAAUGCGGAAAUCAAGUUGGCAGCGAGUUUUGGCAACAGUUGUGCGCUGAGCAUGGUAUCGACCCCGAUGGUAUCCUAAAGCCACCUCCAGCCAACCAACCUCCUGCCGAGGACCGUAAGGAUGUGUUCUUCUAUCAAGCAGAUGAUGAACAUUAUAUUCCUAGGGCUCUUUUGAUCGAUCUGGAGCCCAGGGUUAUCAAUCAAAUACAAACCUCCGAAUUCAAGAACCUGUACAACCCAGAGAAUAUAUACAUGUCGAAGGAAGGAGGAGGAGCAGGCAACAACUGGGCUAAGGGUUACUCACAAGCAGAAGCAGUGCAGGAGGAGAUCUGCGAGAUGAUUGAUAGAGAGGCUGAUGGCAGCGACUCGUUGGAAGGGUUUAUGUUGUUACACUCUAUUGCAGGGGGUACGGGAUCGGGCAUGGGUAGCUAUUUGUUGGAGACGCUAUCCGAUCGGUAUCCGAAGAAGCUGUUGCAGACGUAUAGUGUCUUCCCGAUGCUCACUGAGACUUCUGAUGUUGUGGUACAGCCGUACAACUCGGUAUUGACGUUGAAGAGGUUGGCAUUAAAUGCUGAUGCGGUAGUGGUAUUGGACAACACUGCUUUGAAUAGGAUCGCAGCAGAUCGACUUAAACUCACCACGCCAAGUUUCGCUCAAACGAAUCAAUUGGUAUCAACAGUGAUGUCAGCGAGCACAACCACUUUGAGAUAUCCCGGAUAUAUGAAUAACGAUAUGGUGUCGAUAGUUGCUAGUCUGAUACCAACACCAAGAUGCCACUUCCUAAUGACAGGUUACACUCCUCUAACGGCCAAUACGUCCAUCGUUCAUCAAGCUCAUUCAACCGUACGUAAGACAACCGUGAUGGACGUUAUGAGGCGACUCCUCCAGCAGAAGAAUCUGAUGGUUAGCGCGUCGACACGGAGGGGAGCUUAUAUAUCUGUGCUGAAUAUUAUUCAGGGUGAAGUUGAUCCGGCGUCUGUUCAUAAGAGCUUGCAGCGCAUCAGGGAGAGGAGGUUGGCUAGAUUCAUACAGUGGGGUCCUGCCAGCAUUCAAGUGGCGUUGGCGAGGCAAUCACCUUAUGUUCAACACGCUCAUAAAGUCUCUGGACUCAUGCUGGCUAAUCAUACUUCAAUUAAUACAUUAUUUGAUAGGUGUCUGAAGCAAUACGAUAAGCUGAGGAGUAGAGGGGCUUUCUUGGAGCAAUAUCGUCAGGAAUCGAUAUUUGCUGAUGACUUGGAAGAGUUCGACCAUGCCAGAGAGACUGUGGCUCAGCUGUCGGCUGAAUAUCGCGCUGCUGAGAAGGAUGAUUACAUUACUGGUGGGUUCAUGAAUCAGACCUCAGCUGAGGGUGGUGGUGGUAGCAGCACUACAGUCGUCGACAACAGCACUUCGUCCCUCCGCAUGGGUGGGCCACCACCACCUCCUCAUCCUGACUCAGUGUCUGUAGGGGGUAUGUAA